AUGAAAGAAGAAAAAAGUAAUAGUGAACAUAAUGAAAAUAAAUACUUGUCUCAUUUAUAUUCAUUUUUAAACUCCAAUUAUAUAAGAAGCUCAUUUGAAAAUAAAUCGGAAAAUGUGCAAAACAAAAAUAAGAAACAUUUAUCUUCUCGAAAGGCUUAUAGAUAUCUAAUCAGGAAAUUUAAAAAGGUUGCUAUAGAAUGUGAUUUAUACUUUGAGGAGAUAGAAAUUAAAAAUGAAAACGAGAAAUUGUUCAUACAGUUAUUUGGUAAAAACACUGUAACUUUAAAAAAACUUUAUAGAAAAAAAAAAACAAUUGAUCAUUACUUUUUUCUACUUCUAUUAUUUAAUAUUUUAUCUAAUCUCCCAUAUUCCAUUAUACCUAUCCAAAAGUUUGUUGACAUAUGCGAUAGUUAUAUAGGUUAUGGGGUGCAUCUCCUGAUAAAUUUGAAUAGCACUUUAUAUAAUAAAAAGAAAAAAAUUCACAAAAUAUUUUUUGAUCCGGUGUUUUAUUUGUUUACAUCACUGUGGAAUAAUCACCAUUUUCAAAUAUCGUUAUCAAAUACUAUGGUAAUUUUGUUUUUCUUUUACAAAAUAUAUAUUAUAUUGAAAAAAUUGGAAAUACGAAAUGUGAAUUUAUUUGAUAACAUCUAUAUAUUAUGUUCUUCUUAUGUAAACAAGAUAAAUUCAACAUUAUGGUUUAGCAUGUAUCUCAUCAUGAAACGGAUGCUCAUUGAUGAGUGCGAAAUAAAAAUCAUUAAAAAGAAAAAGACAUAUUUAAUAUUACCCAUAUUUAUCGACAUUAUAAAAAUUUUGGAUGUAUAUGAUGAAAUAAUAAAAAAGACAAACAUCGAGCCGUUGAUGAAAUUAUAUGAGGAAUUAAAAUUAUUUUUACUUUAUUUUUUCCAUAAAUUAUUAUAUAAUUUAUUAACUGAACAAGAUAAUUUACCUCGAAAUAUUUUCAAAUAUUUACAAAUAAAUAACAAUAUAAUAUAUAAUAAGAAAAAGAAGUAUAACAAUUUGUUAUCAUAUAACUCGAAGAAAAAAAAUUCUAGUGAAUUUUUUAAUAGUUAUUAUAGAUAUACAAAUUCGAUAAAUGAAAAUGUGGUGUUUUUAUCAUUUUUUGAAAAUUUUUAUUUCUUUAAUACAUUUACGAAUAAUGGUCAAGCUGCCAGUUCUUUUCCCUCCUUAUCUUUUUCUUUUAAUUCUAUAGGUUCUUCUAUUGAAUCUGAAGAAGGUGAUAUGUAUAAGGAUCAUAAUGAUCUACAUAACAAAAUGGAAAUAUAUAAUCAUAAUAAUGAUAAUAAUAAUAAUUAUAUAUAUGAUAAAAGUGGAAAAGAAUUUGAUCACAAAAAUGAUUAUGAAGAUAUAAUAAAUAAAGAUCACACGACCCUCAAUCAUGCCAAAUAUGAUAAUAUUUCUUCAAAAAAUGAAGAUAAUAAUAAUGAUAAUAAUAACAAUUGUCGUAAUUAUUAUAAUAAUGGAAGUUUGAUAAAAAAUGAGAAAUCUUCUCAGAUAAUAAAAAUGUAUAAAAACAAAAUCGAUAUUUUAAAUAUGCAAUAUAAUCAUUUUUUCGUUCAUAGAUGUAAAAAUGAGGGGAAGUGUAUUUUAUUAAUUAAAAGUUAUUUUAAUGAUUAUUUAUGUGCCCUAGUAAAUAGUUUGUAUAUAUAUUCGAAGGAUAUAUAUUCUACUAAGAAUUUUGAUUUAAACAGGGAAGGGAAAAAUAAAUGGAAAGAAAAAAAUGAUAAUAAUGAUAAUAGUGAUAAUAGUGAUAAGAGUGAUAAUAAUGAUAAUAGUGAUAAUAAUGAUAAUAGUGACAAUAAUGAUAAUAGUGAUAAUAAUAAUAAUAGUGAUAAUAAUAAUAAUAAUAAUAAUAGUGAUAAUAAUAAUAAUAGUGAUAAUAAUAAUAAUAAUAGUAAUUAUUAUGAUGAUGAUAAUAUCUUAUAUAAUAACAACAUGUCAAAGGAAGAAAUAAAAAAUAUAACAGAAAAACGAAAAUUUUCAAAUAAGCAAACAGAUGCAUAUGAAAAUAAUAAAAGUUCUAAAAAUGAAGAAUUGAUAUACUCAAAUAGUAAUAAUAAAAAUUCAUUUAAGACGCAUAAGAUGAAUGAUAUUCAUUUUAAUAUUAUUCACAAACAGAAGAUAGAAGAAUAUCAUGAAAGUAAAGAGAAAAAAGAAAGAAAAAGAAAAAGAAAGAAAAAGAAAAUAAAGGUUAUAAAUAAAAAUAAAAAAGAAUAUAUAAAAAAACGGAAAAAAUUUGGAGAAAAUUAUAUACCUAUUUUAAAUACACUUAUAAGUUUUAUUGAAGUGAUAUAUAAAAAUGUGUUUAAAAAAGUUUUAAUAAAAAUAAAUAAAAGUAAAAGUAUUAAUGAUUUAAAAUUAUAUUCUUAUAUAGAAAAGAUAUAUGAAUAUAAUACAUUUUAUUGUCUUAAAAAUCGAUUAAAAAAAUUUUGUUUUACAUUAUUUUUUUCAGUUACUUUAAAAAAUUUAAUUAAAUGUUAUAUUUAUAAAAUAAAAAGAGAAGAACUAAAUAAAAAUAACUUUGAGAAAUUUCAAUCAACAUUAAUAUAUGAUACAUGCAGUUUUAUAAAUAUAUAUAAUCAGUUAAGUCAAACGAAUUUUAAAGAUAUUUUUAGAAAUAAAUAUGUGAACUUUUUAAUAUAUAUAAAAAAUAUAUUAACCUUACCAUAUGACAAAUUGUUAAGAGUACCUAUAAAAAAUAAAUACUUUUUUUUUUAUAUUAAAAAUAAAAGAAUAGAUAUACCAUUUCAAAAAUUUUUUAAUGAAUAUAAAUUAAAAAAUGAAAAAAUAUUUCAUGCAAAUCAAAAUGUAAAAUCAUUAUUAGUAGACAGAUAUAAUUAUAUAUUCAAUGAAGCAAAAGGAAAUACAAUCAAUCAUAAGAAUAAAAGUAAAAAUUCAUUUUUCUUUUUAAAAAACUCUAAUAAUAUGCAUGAAAAAUUAUAUAAUAUCUUACAAACAUUUAAUCCUUUAAAUAGUUUUUAUUCAAAAACAAAUGAGGAAAAUGAGCAAUUGAUACAUUCUUAUAACAAUGACGAAUUUAAAGACGAGUAUACUUCUAUAAAAACUUAUGAUAGUAAAAAUAAUAUAUACAUAGAUAAUUAUGAUGAUAAUAAGGAUAAUAACAUAUAUUAUAGUAGUAUAAGUAGUACAUCAAGUAGUAAAUCUGAAAUGAAUAUAAAUAACACGGAUGUUUAUACUAGUAGUAAGAGUAGUUAUAAUAAUAAAAACAACAGCAGUGAGAACAGUAGUGAUAUAAUAAUAAGCAAUGUAGAUAAUAUGUGUAAUGAAAAUAAUGAAGGUAAUAAAUUAUCUAUAAGUGUUAAUAAACAAGUUGAUUUAAAGAAAAAAAAAAAAAGUAUAUAUGAAGAGAAAAGGGAUUAUAUAUCAUGUAGUGAUAAUAUGAAUGAUGAAAUUAUUGAGAAUAUAUCAAAUAAUAACAAAAAAAAUAAUAAUAAUAAUAAUAUUAAUAGUAAUAGUAAUUGUGAGGGUAAUAUUCAUAGUAGUUAUUAUGAUGAUGAUAAUAAUAAUAGUAUUAGUAGUAAUAGUGAUUUCUCUUUCGCAUAUAAUAAUAUGGAUGAUGAAAAAAAAAGAAAAAAAAAGGAAAAAAAGAAAAAAAAGGAAAAAAAGGAAACGGAGAGCUAUUAUGAUGUCAGCAGUAUUAAUAGUAAUGAAGUGUAUGAAGAAAAACAAAAUAUACAAACAAUAUUUCAAAGAAAAAAAAAAAUAAAUAACAAUAAUAUGAAAAAUCCUUUUGAAAUGAAUAUUGAUGAAAAAAAAAAUAGUAUAAAGGUAUAUAUAAAGAAUUCAAAUGAACAAUAUGAUCGAAAAAUAUUACUUUUAAAAGAUGACAAAAUAUAUUUUUAUGAUUCAGAACAUUCGAUAACAUAUGAUUCAUUUUAUUUUCUUAUGGAGAUAAAAAAAAUUUAUUCAUGUGAUGGUUUUUUUGAUUCAUUGAUUAAUUCUCAAAGGUUGAGUUCUAUUAAUUCUUCAUUUACAUCAACAGAAGAUAAUGAAUUUUAUUCUAAAAAAAAAGAUACGCUCUCUUCAGAGAGUGAUUGGCAAAAAUGUGGAUAUGACGCAAAAAUUAUAUUCCAUAAUUCUCUCAGAAAAAAUAUCCAACUAAUGUUUAUAGACCAAGGGUAUGAAAAAUUCGUCAGCAAAAUUAACAACGAAUUAGUUCAUGAAACAGAUAGAUCUUAUGAAUAUAUAAACUUAAGUUAUAAUAAAGAACAAGAAAAUGAAUAUGUAAAUAAUUAUUUAAAUAAUUAUGUAGACCCAGAAAAAAAUAAUGAAAUUUAUUUUAGUACUAAUAGUGAUACUAUCUCAGAAGGAGAAGAAGCCAAUGAGUAUGAAAAAAUAAAUACAGAUGAACAAAUAAAAAAUGAAAAAUGGUUAGAACAAAAAAUAAAUUUACAUAAAGAAGAAUCUAUAAUAAAUAAUCAAUCUAUAGAAAAUAAAGAUUCAAUAGAUACAAAAAAUUCUAUAGAAAAUGAAUUAGAUGAUAAUGAUAAAAAUAUCUUAAAUAAUAUUCUAAAAAAUAACAAUCAUUUAUUAAAAGAAAAUAAAAAAAAUCAUUCUCAAAAUGAAUCUUAUGCACACUCACAAAGUUGGUCACAAAAUAUUUCACAAUUUUUAUCUCCAAUAUAUCAGAAUUUAGUUGAAUACAAAUAUUCAUCUAGCACCACAGAUAUAUAUAUUAAAGAAAAAAAUUAUUUUUCAAAAAAAAAAAAAAUUAAAGUAAAAAAGCAAAAUAAAAUGAAACUAUUUAGAAAUAUAAAUAAAAAUGAUAUAUAUAAUUUGUUUCAUCAAGAAAUAUCGAGAUUAUGUAAAAACAAAAAUAAUCAUAUUAAUAAGACAAAAGCUGAUGACCUCUUCUUUUAUAAAUCUGUAAAUAAAUUAUAUCACUCUGUUAAUAUCUCAUCAAAUUCGUGA